AUGAAGAUACUUAUAAUUCAAACAUCAUGGUUCUUAAAUGAAAAUCAAGAUUUCAAACUGUUAAGAUAUUUGAUCAAUAAAGGUUAUGAUAAAAGUAGAAAAAGAUUUAAUUUAAUUCAAACUCAAAGAAUUAGAUCUAUUGAUUCAUUAAUUCAAGAUUUAGGUAUUUCUGAAAACCAGCAGUUUUAUUUAUAUUUGUUCAUUGAUGAGGAGAUAACUGGACAUAGACCAUUUGGUGAUGAAACUGUGGAAUCUUGUUUUGAUUGCGAUGUGGAUGAGGUUUCAAUUGAUUUAGAUAACAUCGAGACAUUUUUAGUUCCUGAUCGUUUUAUACUCGAUAAUGAUGUUAUAAACAAAUGUAUUGCAACAAUAGCUUUUAAAUCAAUGAAAGAUCCAAAAGAAUUUGAAUUGACGUUAUAUACAUCAUUCAUGAAAUCAAUUGGUUAUAAGUUUUUAAAUUAUGUAUUGGAUCAAAAAUUAUUUCCAUCAUCAAUGACAAAAGGUCAAAAAAACUUAAUUAUAAUUGCAGAAUGUGUAAAAGAAUAUAAUUUGGACAAGUAUUAUCAAAAUUUUUGUGAAUUUAAAGUUGUAGAAGAUAAUAUUUUGAUUAAGGUUGAUAAUGAAAAAAAUUUAGAUGAAAACAUUUGGUGGAAAGCUUCAAGAGAUUUUCAUCUUACUAUUCUUGAAAGAAUUAUUGAUUUAAAUUAA